AUGGGUGAACAGAUCCCCGUGAGGACCAAGCCGCAGGAUGAGGGCGGGGCGAGGAGCCCGUUCGGAGGUGCCCUGAAGAAGGACUUCCCCAUCGACCCGGAGUGGCACAACCUCAACCACGGCUCCUUCGGCACCCUCCCCAAGGCCGUGCUCGCCCGCCUCCGGCACUACCAGGACGCAGCCGAGGCGCGCCCCGACAGCUUCAUCCGGUACGACUACCCGAAGCUGCUCGACGAGUCGCGCGUGGCCGUCGCCGCGCUCGUCAACGCCCCCGUCGAGACCGUCGUGUUCGUGUCCAACGCCACCGAGGGCGUCAACACCGUCAUCAAGAACCUCGCGUGGAACGACGACGCCAAGGACGUCAUCUUGACCUUUUCCACCGCGUACGAGGCCUGCGCCAAGGUGGCGGACUACAUUGUCGACUCGACGGGCGGCAAGGUCGAGCACCGCGAGAUUACCAUCGACUACCCGCUUGAGGAUGAGGAGAUUCUUCAGGCGUUCCGCGAGGCGGUUAAAGCUGUUGAGAAGGAUGGCAAGAGGGCGCGCGUCUGCAUCUUUGACGUCGUCUCGUCGCGCCCGGGCGUGGCGUUUCCAUACAUUGACAUGAUCAAGGUUUGCAAGGAGCUGGGCGUCAUCAGCAUGGUGGACGGGGCGCAGGGCAUCGGCAUGGUUCCGCUUGAUUUGACUAACGCUGAUCCCGACUUCUUCGUCUCCAACUGCCACAAGUGGCUGCACGUCCCCCGCGGGUGCGCCAUCUUCUACGUGCCUGUCCGGAACCAGCACCUCAUCCCCACGACCCUCGCCACCAGCCACGGCUACAUCCCCAAGUCCAUCGCUCGCGGGUCCCCGCUGCCUCCCAGCGCCAAGGGGCAGUUUGUCAACAACUUUGAGUUUGUGGGCACCAAAGACAACGGACCCUAUCUGUGUGUCAAGGACGGCAUCGCGUGGCGGCGGGAUGUGCUCGGCGGCGAGGACAAGAUUCUUGCUUACCUUUGGGACCUCAACAAGAAGGGCAUCAAGUACGUUGCUGAUGUCCUGGGGACAGAGAUCCUGGAAAACAGCAAGGGAACAAUGACAAACUGCUCCAUGGCCAACGUUGCUCUGCCGAUCUGGAUCGGCGAAAAGGGCCGGGGCGCCAAGGAGAGCGAUGCCGUCGUAGCGACUCAAGAUCAGGGAACGGCGUUCCAGUGGAUGUCGCGCACCAUGGUGGACGACUACAAGACCUUCAUGUCUCUAUUCGUGCUCGGCAACCGAUAUUGGAUCCGCAUCAGCGCAUCGGUGUAUUUGGAUAUGGCGGACUAUGAAGUCGCGGGCAAGGUGUUGAAGGAGCUGUCGGCGAGGGUGGCCAAGAAAGAGUAUUUGUCGACAUAG